GUCGAGCAGGCAACAACAAGCCGAAAACAAAAUUUUUCAAAAAUUUUUAAAACUACGUAACCUACUACCAAAACAAAAAUGGAAUACACCACCAAGACCCAGAUCUACCAGAAGGUGAAGAAGCCAAUGCUGGAGCGCCAGCGACGUGCCCGCAUGAACAAGUGCCUGGACAACCUGAAAACACUUGUCGCCGAGCUGCGAGGUGAUGAUGGCAUCCUGCGCAUGGACAAGGCCGAGAUGCUCGAGUCAGCGGUGAUCUUCAUGCGCCAGCAAAAGACACCAAAGAAGGUAGCUCAGGAAGAGCGAUCCCUCCCCCUGGACAGCUUCAAGAAUGGCUACAUGAACGCCGUCAACGAGGUGUCACGUGUCAUGGCCUCCACACCUGGCAUGAGCGUCGACCUCGGCAAAUCGGUGAUGACUCACCUGGGACGCGUCUACAAGAACUUGCAACAGUUCCACGAAGCACAGUCCGCCACCGACUUCCUCCAGAACGCAAUGGACUGCUCCUCAAUGGACAAGGCUCCGCUCAGCCCCGCCUCCUCCGGAUAUCACAGCGACUGCGACAGCCCCGCCCCCUCACCACAGCCCAUGCAGCAGCCCCUGUGGCGCCCCUGGUAAAAACAAGGGGUUAAGUGGCAGGAAGGUAAAGGUGGAGUGGCAAUGGAAGAACCAACCAACAACGCAUCUGUGAUAGCCCAACUGUGAUGGCAACAAAAUAGCAAAAUUAAAAAAGCAAUUAGCAAAACAAUUAAAACAAAUAUAAACCAAUUUA